CCAUUCAAUUUACACAAGAUACAAUUAUACUCUGCUCAAAUGUUUUCGUAAAUAUUACAGCUUCCGUCCUAGGAUGGGCAAACAAGCUAGUGCUAUAUGUUGAUGUUGCAUUCACGUCUUACUACCUUUUGUUUUUAAAUACACUACAUGACUUAAGACGAGUUCUAAACAUGUAUCUGCAUAUACACUUGUCUUCAGGAGAAUAUUUUAAUUUGAAUGCAUUCUCAAGUUAAACAAAGGGGAUUGUCGCUGCUGAGUGGACUGGCAGGACCUGGCAGGACCUACACUGGCCAAACUGAAAGACUUGAGUGAUUACUUAGAUCAGACACCGCAAGUUAAAAAUUAUAACCAAAUUUUGCUAUUAUGAACCAGUACUCGUACAAUUUCACAUAUGGGGCAUCUAAAUCGGCUUUGGAAAAAGUAUAAACUACAAAGCACACAUUAAGGUUUGAUCCCAUAUGCCGGAAGUCCUGAAUAAAUAUUUACUGAGCUGCUGACAGCAUCUGGUCUCCAGUUCCGCGGUACAAAAGAAAGCUGCUUUGUAUACGGAGAAGCACAUAGCAACGAGGACAGGCGCGCAGGCCAGGAAAGACAACGAACGUAUUUUCAUAGAGAACAUCAACAGUGGUUGGUUUGGAGCAGCACCAUGGAACACAUUGAUUCCGAAGUCUCGAGUGGAGAAAAAGGUGAAGUAACUGAUGGACAAGAAAAAUACACAUUUGUACAAGUUCCGGAAGAACAUCUAACGGGGUCUUUACAGACCAUUCAUAACAACGCGGAGGGGUGUGAAGUGCUGCAGGGCAUGGGGAAGGAACGCACGACCGACCAUGAUGAUUCUGACAGUGGAGAGAUUUCAGAUUGUGAGAAUAAAAACACCAGGGGCGAAUUUCGAUUGGACAGAAGUCAUGGCAUUCAAUCGAAGUUAAGCCAUGAAAGCCCUAAUGCAGAAAACGAUACCGACUUGAUAAACAGGACAAGCUCCACAGACGAAAGCCACAAGGAAAGGGACAUGUGUCAUGAAGGCAGCACGCAGUUUAGAGAACGUUCUGAAGAACAACAAGAAGACAACGUGUAUGAGCAGGACAUCCACUCUGUCAUAGAAUGCAUGGAUGAGUUAUACAUGCAAGAGUCAGACUUUGAGGAAAACGAUGAGAUUUCAGAUAAUCGUGACACUAAUAAAACAGGUCUCGAUGCAAACAGCACGGACAUCCAGCCACGCGAGAUGAGUGAGCAAAUUGAAGAACGCGCACGUGUGAAACACGGCAGUGAAGCUGAAGGAAAUGGUCAAAGCACGGGCAAAUCUCAGGAAAAUACAAUGAAGCACAAUGACAAAAAAAGUGAAAUUAUGUUUCAGGCGCACCAGGCCAGUCUCAAAGUUGUGCCUGGUAUAUGCAGUGAAGACGCUCGUGUUAGUCACUCGGAUCCCGAUGAAAAUAAGAUCCCAUUUUAUAGUUCAGUCAUGCUUGCGAAUGAGCAGGUUGGCUCCUUACCUUGUGACCUACAAGAUAAUGAACUCUGUAAGUACACUACAAAAGAAUACAUCGCACAAACAGAAAAUAAGGAGACUAACGGAUACGUGACAAAAAGUUUGCUGGUGACGGGCUGGGAUGGUGAGCCGGAGGUAGCCUGCCUUAUCCGUGGCCCCCAACACCUCCUGGAGGAUCUGGGAGUCUCGUGUUAUCUCAGUGAUCGUUACCAGCAUCAUCAGCAGCAGAGUGAGGAUGACUAUCAAGAGCUGCUCAGCCACGUGCUGUGCCUGCAGCCAAAGGGGCAGCGCCUGUCCCAAGCCGUCACCGUCUGCGUGCCCUACACCGUGCGCGGGCCCCGCAGCCUGGCCGGCGAGGUCGUGGGCAAGAUCUGGCGCGGUGGUGCACAGUGGGAGGUCAUCCUACCCAAAGCUCUGGACUGCGUCUAUCCGGACAGCGAGGAUGACGUGUUUGCCGAGUUUUCGCUGCACGAGCUACCGACCAUAGCCGUGGUGCUGCGUCUCACCAAUGAGCACCUUCUGGUGGACAAGGAGGGAGGAUCCUUCAAAUCGAGCGUCGAUCCUCGCAUCCUCCUCAACGUCCCAAAGGACUUCACCAAAUCAUCCGUGCAGCUGUCACUGCAGGUGCAGCCGGUCCCAGUGGCGGUGGUCGCGAGCUUGCAAACCGCCCGGGACCCCGCCGAUGCCGACGCGUGUUUAAUUGCCACAAGCCCCAUCGUGAGCCUCGGCGGCGCUGCUAGAUUUAUGCGGCCGCUGGUUUUGGUGUUGCCGUGCCCCCGGUUCGCUGUCGGGGUGAGGGCCAGGACAGUGCCUACUGUGUCGAGUCACGUGGGAAGAAGCGUGACAACUCGACACAUCAGGAAACAGGAUGACGAGGUCCUUCGCCUGGUGGCCCAGCCCACAGUGGGAGGACACUGGACUGAGCUCAGCGACGUGGGGAUAUUGAGCAGGAAGAGUGACUCUGUGCAGGUCGAGCUUCACCGGCCAGUGAGGAGGCUGCUGCUGCUCAGGCUGGCGGCCCGGAGCCGCGGGGUUGCAAUGGCGGGAGCCGUUAUAGAGGCCGUGCGGUCGCGCCAGGCGGUCGUGCUGGCACAGCGGCACGGGGCGGACGCAGGCCGGCUGGCUGUGGUGUGCUGUGCACUGAGUGGACUGGAGGAGGCUGAAGAGGCCCUGCAGAAGGCUGGCUUCAGUGGUCCUCCCGGGCCCAGCCAUCCCUUCCCGGCGCACGAAGGACAGGAGUUGUAUCUCCACUUCACGAGCACCGGAAAUAUCAUGGCUAUCAGGACUGGCGUGAGCACUCGAAUGGCGCUGGGCGAGGUCGCGGUUCCCGAGGGCGAGCAGAGGCUCACGUUCCACGCUCACCGUCACUCUCGGCUGCAGCUGCGUCUGCGUGAGCGGGACCCCUUCGCGAACCGCGGACAUCAGAAUUACCGAGGCGCGCUGCAUGUGAUGAGCACGCCCGCCAGCAGGGGGCGAGGGGACCUGCAGCUCUGCUCGCUGGCACUCACCCUCCCAAAGGCGAGCACACGGAGCGGUGCGCACCGGCCGCACUCGCGAAUGUCAAAAAAAAUCCCAGGGCUUAAUUCCAAAGUGUGUCGUCUCAUUUACACCGAUCAGUAGCAGUUACAUACACAAUAAAUGCACAGAUAUAUGCUAUGCCUUCAUCUUUGUGUGCCAAAAAUACCAUCUAAAAAUCUUGUCUUCAGCCAUAAUAAAAAAUAUAUUAUUUAUAGGUAAACUUUAUACAGGCAGUCCUUGGGUUUAUAUAUAAGGGUUAGGUUUUCGAGAACGAUCCGUAACCGGAAUUUUCCGUAUGUCAGAAACUGAACAAUUUCCAGCCCCAAAUCAAGAUAAAUCCCAUAGUCGGGAAUAGUUGUGCCUCAAACUUGAUUUGACGCUUUCGUGACUGUAGGAAUUACUCUUUGGUUUUUUCGGUAAAGUCACGUAGA